AGGAGGCAGACAAGAAGCUGAAGGCAGAGGAGGAGGAGGAGGAGGUGGUGGAAGAGGAGAUGGAGGAAGAGGUGGAGGAGGAGGAGGAGGCAGACAAGAAGGUGAAGGUAGAGGAGGAGGCAGACGAGAAGGUGAAGGUAGAGGAGGUGAAGGCAGAGGAGGAGGUGGAGGAGGAGGCAUUGAAGCUGAAGCUGGUCACACUAAAAGGGCCCCACAGAGGAAGCCAGUGUUCACAGGGCAGGGUCAGAAUGCCCAACCUCAGCCAGACCUAUUUAGCCCUAGCCAAACCUAUGACUACAACCCUGCCCAGUGGAGCUGGCCAAUGGAGCCCUCAGGCCCUGGUCUGAGACACUAUUCCCCUGUGAGAGAACAAUGUGGCUGUGUGGGACAGGGUGGAGGUGACGCUGUUGGGACGGCGACCGGGACACACCCCUUCAACAACAGCAGACAUGCGUCAGCCUUGUCACUCCUGGCGGACCCAGAGCCGGCACACAGACAGACUAGCUACAACUACGAUCCAGAGGGGCGCAGGCAGGCUAGUUAUGGAGCGGAAGAGCAGAUCUGGGGUCAGUCAAAACACAGACAGGCCAGCUGCAGUUACAGUACAGAAGACAAACCGAUACGCAGGCAGGCUAGUUAUGGAGUGGAAGAACAGAUCUGGGGUCAGUCAAAACACAGACAGGCCAGCUGCAGCUACAGUUUGAGGCUAGAAAGACAGACUAGCUACGGUCCACAGGAACUACACAGAAAGGCUAGCUACAGCUACAGUCCAGAAGACAAGCCAAUACACGGACAGACUAGCUACGGUCCAGAAGAACAGAUCUGGGAUCUGUCAAAACACAGACAGGCUAGUUAUAGUCCAGAAGACAAACCGAUACACGGGCAGACUAGCUACUGUCCAGAAGACAAGAUCUGGGAUCAGUCGAAACACAGACAGGCUAGUUAUAGUCCAGAAGACAAACCGAUACACGAACAGACUAGCUACUGUCCAGAAGAACAGGUCUGGGAUCAGCCGAAACACAGACAGGCUAGUUAUAGUCUAGAAGACAAACCGAUACACGGACAGACUAGCUACUGUCCAGAAGACAAGAUCUGGGAUCAGCCGAAACACAGACAGGCUAGCUACAGUUACAGUCCAGAAGACAAACCGAUACACGGACAGACUAGCUACGGUCCAGAAGACAAGAUCUGGGAUCAGCCGAAACACAGACAGGCUAGUUAUAGUCCAGAACACAAACCGAUACACGGACAGACUAGCUACUGUCCAGAAGAACAGGUCUGGGAUCAGCCGAAACACAGACAGGCUAGCUACAGUUACAGUACAGAAAGGCAGGACUGGAGAUUUACUGCUGGUGGUCAACACAAUCAUUUGGACAGGUGUGUACCACUGGAACACGGACAUUUACACUCCCACAUGCCAAAUGGAUGCUGUGGCAUUGGUGGUCCAAGUCCCAGGCCUGUGUCCUCUCAGGGCAGGGGAGAUAGAGCUAACCACCAGGAGAGGACUACUAGAUUAAAGGCUGGAGGAGUUGGAGGUGAGAUAGGAGAAGACGGCUGUAAUGGACGACAUGUCCCUGCUGGCUCUAGCUCUGAGGGUUUGGUCUGGAAGAACCAGGGUUUGCUCCGGGAGAAGGAGGGUUCAGUCAGGGAGAAGGAGGGUUCGGUCCUGGAGAACCAGAAUUUGAUCCGGGAGAAUGAAUGUGCGGUCCAUGAGAACCGCGGUUCAACCCAGGAGAACCAGGGUUCGAUCCAGGAGAAGGAGGAUGCAGUCCAGGCGAAGAAGGGUUCGAUCCGGGAGAAGGAGGUUUCAGUCCAGGCGAAGAAGGGUUCGGUCCUGGAGAAGGAGGUUUCAGUCCGGACGAAGGAGGGUUCAGUCCAUGCGAAGAAGGGUUCGGUCCUGGAGAACCAGGGUACGAUCCGGGAGAAGGAGGUUUCAGUCCGGGAGAAGGAGGGUUCAGUCCAGGCGAAGAAGGGUUCGGUCCUGGAGAACCAGGGUACGAUCCGGGAGAAGGAGGUUUCAGUCCGGGAGAAGGAGGGUUCAGUCCAGGCGAAGAAGGGUUCGGUCCUGGAGAACCAGGGUACGAUCCGGGAGAAGGAGGUUUCAGUCCGGGGGAAGGAGGGUUCAGUCCAGGCGAAGAAGGGUUCGGUCCUGGAAAACCAGGGUACGAUCCGGGAGAAGGAGGUUUCAGUCCGGACGAAGGAGGGUUCUGUCUGUGAGCAGAUCAGACAGGUGGUGUCAGACCUGGAGGGGGUCCUGGGUGGUCUCAAACAAGUCCACGUGGAGAUGAAGGAGGUGGUCCAACAGAUAGAUCGUCUGACAGCUAACAUUGACCUGGAAGAGGAAGAGGGAUCAUGUAACAAGUCCCCUAGUCGUGGUGACGGUCACCUCAACCCCAGAGACUGUAAAGGUGGUGACGGUCACCCCAACCCCAGAGACUGUAAAGGUGGUGACGGUCACCCCAACCCCAGAGACUGUAAAGGUGGUGACGGUCACCUCAACCCCAGAGACUGUAAAGGUGGUGAUGGUCACCCCAACCCCAGAGACUGUAAAGGUGGUGACGGUCACCUCAACCCCAGAGACUGUAAAGGUGGUGACGAUCACCCCAACCCCAGAGACUGUAAAGGUGGUGACGGUCACCCCAACCUUAGAGACUGUAAAGGAGUCCUGAUGUUCAACCAGGGAGACCAGAGACCACACUACAGAGACAUGGACCGUAUCGUCAACCAGAAGACUACUAGGGUCCAGGUACACACCCACUGGACUGGUACAGGGGACCUGGUCCACAACCAUAAGACUCCUGGGAACCAUGGACCACAGUGCAGCGACAUGGAUCAUACUGUCAUCAUACAUGACCCUCCUCCCGACCCCAGAGACGUCCCUGGGGUCCUGGUGUACAGACAGCAGACUAAUGGAGAUCAGGGAGUCUCCCUACUGUACAGACAACCUGACCAUACUGUCACCAUACGAACUAACUCCCUGUCUCCUGUCCUCACCGCAUCUGUCAUCAAGACCAACCGGGUUGGGGUCACAGCCCUGAGCCCCAUGGACCCUCUGAGCACCUCCAAAGACCCCAAACAGGACAGACGGGGGCUCAACGGACACCCUCCUCUACCCGGUCCAGGUAGAGAACUGAACCAUGUGACCCCCCAGACCUCCCCAGAGCUAGAAAUGACCCCCUCCCUACCCCUGCCCCUAUGGACUCAACUGUCUGACCCUACAGCCAUGGUCGGAUACAGUGUCCCCACUCUUAGGAUCCAGAAAUCUCCACUGUACCCCCGCCACAACGGACGGGUGGAGAGGCUCAGUAAGAGUCCGGCUCAACCAACCUACCCUGCCCACCCAGCACUGCCGGUCCUGCCCCACCUGGCCCAGCCACCCUAUCCUACCCACCCAACCCACCCUGCCCUGCCUCCCAGUGACUUGAAGACACCUCCCUACAGCAUGGUAUGAGGGGACAGCCUCAAUGCCAUGGGGGCCUGGAACAUAUAAUACAAGGACAGAACUACACUGAUAAGUAGUCUGAGAAGGAAAGCUUGCGGAAUGUAGUGAAGUACCAGGACCACCUGACAUGAUGACUCCUUGCUGUCCCCAGUCCACCUGGCCAUGCUGCUGUUCCAGUUUCAACUUCCACCUGACUGUGCUGCUGCUCCAGUUUCAACUGUUCUGCCUUAUUAUUAUUCGACCAUGCUGGUCAUUUAUGAACAUUUGAACAUCUUGGCCAUGUUCUGUUAUAAUCUCCACCCGGCACAGCCAGAAGAGGACUGGCCACCCCACAUAGCCUGGUUCCUCUCUAGGUUUCUUCCUAGGUUUUGGCCUUUCUAGGGAGUUUUUCCUAGCCACCGUGCUUCUACACCUGCAUUGCUUGCUGUUUGGGGUUUUAGGCUGGGUUUCUGUAGCGCACUUUGAGAUAUCAGCUGAUGUACGAAGGGCUAUAUAAAUAAAUGUGAUUUGAUUUGAUUUGAAGUAAAAGUAAAAGUUGUCAAAAAUAUAAAUAGUAGAGUAAAGUACAGAUACCCCAAAAAACGACUGAAGUAGUACUUUAAAGUACUUUUACUUACAGUUUUUCUCAAUUGCUAAAACACAAUUUCUGAAACAUUGCUCCAUUUCCUGAAAACAUUAAACACAAAACCUCAUCUUCAAGCACUAUUUACAUAACCUCUGACUCCUCUUGCAGUAAACAAUACACUGAAAAAUAGAAAACACAUUGUUCAAAACAAACAAUUCUCAGGGAGAAGUACGUUUUUAAUCUAAAAAAAUAUUCAUAUUUUUCCGUCAUUGUCUUUUGAUGAAUGAAAACAUGUUCUAUCAUAGUAGCUCAAAAUUGAUCAGAAAUUACUACUCUGCUUUGCUCUUUGCAAUUUUGUUUUUUGUUCUUCCUCCUCCUUGUACCCCUAUUUUUACAGUAAAUGUACCCUCUUACAAACUUGUCCUUUGUCUCUGUGAUACUGUAAUUCUUGUUCUUUGUUGAUAUGAACCUGCAACCAGUCAAAAUCUAUUGAGCAGUCAGUACUGUUAAUAAAUGGAAAGCACAAUGUUCAGGGCCAUACAAUUCAUCCAUUGUACAGUAUACAGCCUACAAUGCACUGUACUACAGUAUCCAUUCUCAGACUUUCUCCUUCCCACCUUCAACAACCUGUUUGCUCUCUGAACUGGCUUAUAUUGGUUGUGUCACAUCAUUUGAAACAGGUUAAAUCCAUUUUGAGAGGUUGUGUUCAAUCAAUGACAUAUGUUCUCUAUUUGUAUUUGAUUGUUGCCACUUGUGUUUACCAGUAUGGAUGACAUGUGCAUUAGGGUGCAGAAUGUGUUUUGAGAAUGAGAAUGUGUUUAGAGUUUUGCUGAAAAGUCUAAGUGAGAUCUGCAAAUUGUGUUUUACCAUGUGAACUGGUUUAAGGUAUUGACAACAGACUGCAUAAUUAGCUAAAUGAGUCCAGGCAACUGAGAACUUUGUUCAGCCAAUGGGUUUUAGUGUUUUAGCAAUUGAGAAAAAGUGCAAGUGCUUUACACCACUGCCCCAAACCUUCUGGGGAGAUGCUGUUGAUGCGUCAUUUAGCCGAACAGUUUACAUGAUUCAUUGAGAUGACCAUUGACCAUGGGUUUGUACGUACUGCAGAUUGGCCUUUUACAUGCUGCGUUAUUCUCUUCCUCAGGAGCCCUGACAUGGUGAAGAGAUGUCAGUCAGUGGUGGACACAGUCAGUGGUGGACACGGUCAGUGGUGGACACGGUCAGAGCUCGCCCUGAAGAGGGGGCUAUUUCCAAGGGAAAAAGCUCCAGACAAACAGGAGGGGAAUUCCACAUGAAAGCCUGCGAUGCACAGGCCUUGAGACGCACAGUAUGAAGCAAGCACUUCAACAUACAUUAACAUGUAUGUGUGGUGUCUGGGGGGGUUGGCAAAAACUCAAGACAGCAAAAACUGACUGUGUCACAUUUCUUACCUUUGUGUAUGAAAUAAAGAUAGCAGUGACCUAAUAAUUGGUAUUAAUAUUGAUUUGAAAUGUUUUAUGUUCUGUUCUGACACCGAUGCGUGUUUCCAUUCUCCUUAGCUGACCCUAUUCCAUGGUAUUCUGUGUCUAAACGGCCUUUUCUGCACCUGAAAUUACAAGUUAUUCCCUAAAUAGUGCACUAUGUUUUGAUCAGAGCCCUAUGGGUCCUGAUCAACAGUAGUGGACUAAAUAUGGAAUAGGGUGUCCUUUGGAACCCUGUCUUUAUGAUAUGGAACAAACUACUGCAUGUCGGAAUCGUCUGCAGGUAGGCCUGCUACCCUCUCUGUCUCUCUGUUUAUUAAAAAUCGUGUCUGAGAGUUUCACCACUUCUCUCCCAGAGCCCCUUACAGAUAGGAUGAGACACCCCUCUGUCUAUGGCUGCGUUUACACAGGCAGCACAAUUCUGUUACUUUUUCCACUAAUUGUUAUUUUUGACCAAUCACAUCAGAUCUUUUCACAUCAAAUAUAUUUUUCUGAGUUGAUCUGAUUGGUCAAAACACCAAUUUGUGAAGAAAAAAAAAAGAUACGAAUUGGGCUGCCUGUGUAAACGCAGCCCUGUUUCCUCUCUCACCACAGAAGAGCUCUGUUUCUCCUCUCUCCUCUGUUGAUCUCAAGCCCGGUUUCCUCCCCUCACUCUCGUCUCCUCCACCCUCACUGCAGAACAGCUCUCUUUCUCCUCCUCAAGCCCGGUUUCCUCCCCUCACUCUCGUCUCCUCCACCCUCACUGCAGAACAGCUCUCUUUCUCCUCCUCAAGCCCGGUUUCCUCCCCUCACUCUCGUCUCCUCCACCCUCACUGCAGAACAGCUCUGUUUCUCCUCCUCAAGCCCGGUUUCCUCCCGUCUCCUCCACCCUCACUGCAGAACAGCUCUGUUUCUCCUCCUCAAGCCCGGUUUCCUCCCGUCUCCUCCACCCUCACUGCAGAACAGCUCUGUUUCUCCUCCUCAAGCCCGGUUUCCUCCCCUCACUCUCGUCUCCUCCACCCUCACUGCAGAACAGCUCUCUUUCUCCUCCUCAAGCCCGGUUUCCUCCCCUCACUCUCGUCUCCUCCACCCUCACUGCAGAACAGCUCUCUUUCUCCUCCUCAAGCCCGGUUGACUGAUAACCAAUGUACUGAGUCUGUACCACUACAAACUGUUAGAGAGACUUUAUCACGGUGUUACGUAAUUCCGGACGGAUUCUUGCUUGCUUGAACGCCAAUAAUUCAGAUACACAUGAAAACAUGAAAUGAGCCAGGGAAUCGGUAGAACAUCACUCAGAGAUGCACAAAAAAACAGUAUAACAUUCAAAAUGGGGUGAACCUUUCCUUUAAGCAAAAUCUGAAUAAAAUGUUUGAAAUCUUCCAAUUACUAAGAAA